AUGCAGCGUGGAGGCAUCCGAGGCGCCAGCCCCACAGCGACCUCCUCUCGCCGUCGCGUCAUCGACCGCCCAGGCCUGACUGAAGACGAGGUGGAAGAAAUCCGCGAGGCCUUCAACCUCUUCGACACCGACGGCAGCGGCAUGAUUGACCCCAAGGAGCUCAAGGCAGCCAUGCAGUCCCUCGGCUUCGAAACGAAAAACCCGACAAUCUACCAAAUGAUCGCCGACCUCGACAGAGACGGCGGCGGCCCUAUCGACUUCGAGGAAUUCCUCGAUGCCAUCACAGCCAAGCUAGGCGACAAAGAAAGCCGCGAAGGCAUUCAAAAGAUCUUUAACCUCUUCGAUGACGACCGGACGGGGACGAUUACUCUCAAGAAUUUGAAGCGCGUGGCGAAGGAACUCGGCGAAACCAUGUCUGAGGACGAGCUCCGCGAGAUGCUGGAACGCGCCGACUCGAACGGAGACGGAGAGAUCUCCUUCGAGGAUUUCUACGCCAUCAUGACGAAGAAGACGUUCCCCUAG